AUGUGUAUAUUUUCCACACAGAUUGUCACAUUACACGGAACAAACGACCAGCAACACACAGAAACCUUGCGUCUCUUCGCCUCACGUCUAAAGCCCCGACAACCGCCAAACUUGGAUCAAAAUCUUCGGAAUUCCACCCGCUUUACCGAAGAUAACCCUUCCCUAUUUUCAUCCUCCAUUUCUCCAUCUUCUCACACCUCCUUGAACAAAUCGGACAAGCCCCGGACCAAUCAGCUGUCGGCAACGGGUGAUCGUAACAAUUCUUCGUUGUCCCAAGCGGAACCAACAGCCCUGUUCAAGUCUGUUGUGGCAGUAAAUUCACAUGGAUGUUCUGCCUACUUUGAAGAUGUGAUUCAUGUUCCCCCACUACCGGCAACUGGACUGGUGGGACGGCAGAACCUUAUUCAAGUCGAAUACGCACUCAUCCUUCGACUCCGUCUACAGGGUGAUUCACAAGGAAGGCAGGAUCAGAAAAUGCAGAUCCCCAUCACAGUUGGCUCCGAUCCAACCCGUGAGACAUCGUUUACUGGAUGCAGCGAAGGAGAGGUCAUCGAAUACGAUCCGUCCACGAGUUCAGCCGGUAAAGCCGGUCACCUACGUCCAGUCUAUCGGUAUUUCAAGCCGCGUUCCACAAAACGCAAUGAUCUCAGGUCUAGUACCGAGACAAUCGGACAAUUGUCACGUACACCCUCGAAAUCGAACGACCCCAGGUACUUCAAAAGUCAGUCACCCUCUACUGGUCAAAGAGGUCUACAGAUCAGAAAGGAGACCAACACAUCAGAAUCUCCCCCGUUUGUUUCUGAAUCUCCAAUGCGGUUUUCGGUUGUGGAAAACCCUCAUGCUAACGAUGGUUUCGUGACUGAGGCGUUCGACAGAGUCAGGAGUAAUAGUCAACAGUCGCCCUCGUAUGAAUACUACUCAGACGAUGUAUCUCCUGAGACAAAUGACGCCUAUGACUCUCCCCCGACACCACUGCUCUCAGGACACCUGUUUUUUGAUGAUGGCAAUGAAGAACACACGGAUCUCCAUUGUGCCACUGUUGCCGGUACAACAUCCCCGUAUUCUCGGCUACGCCCGCACAACGAACGAAAUCAGAUACAGAUUCCGGUGCCCCAGAACGUGUGCAGUUCCUCCAGAAUCCGAUCAUCCAGUUUAGGCCGACAGUUUUCAUUCAACUACGAUUCGGAUAACACGGCCUCGGAGAGCGAGAUAAGACGCGGCCGUGUUGCGGACACUACGGGAUUGCGUCCGUCCGCCCACACUGCACACUACAACGGCACGUAUUCCCCGAAUCAAUCCACACACAGUGAUUCGGAAACCCUGUCAGAUCAGCAAAUUUUUAUCAGUGCCAAUUCAAAAGCCGUUGUAAACACAAAUGGACGAGAGCGCUUUCCUCCCGUUCUCCUAUCAAGCCACACGGAGAGAAAUUUGUCCGUCGAACAUCUAAAUCAACAAUCAUCUGGCAGGAGAAUUCCAAAAAAAGUUGGUAACUUUGACCAACUUUUGCAACAGAUUCCAACACUCGAUUCCGACAUGCAACAACAUGUGCUAACCCACUCAGAGCUGAUUAGGAAUAACUCAAACAGCCCUGCAGUACCUCAAAGACAAGCGAACACUCGUCUUCAUGAUGCCUAUUGGAACCGUCCACGUGUGGCACCGGUGCGUGGUCGUAACACCCAAGGAAUUUGGACACCUGGUCAUGUUCCCAGCCAACCGCCGGCUUCCGCCACGGUUCCGGUCAUUCAAUCUCAGGCUUACGAUACGGACCCCAGCCCCACAAGGCAAUUACCACCAGAAUCGUUCCACAAAAAGAAGACCCUAUCUGAAAAUACACUGCGUCUUAGUCUAACUCACACGGAAUUCACUUCCCCCCAUCGUUCGCUGGACAAGGAAACAUUCAUAUUAGAAAAUGUGUAA